AUGAAAUCAAUUAGCCUUUUAAACGCAUUAGUUUUUGGCUCUCUUAUUCUUAAGCAAACUAUGGGUUGCCUCAUUUGGAAUAGAUAUGAUUAUACUGUCUAUGACUAAUGCUCUGGCGAAUACUGUGAGCACGACUUUCAGUGCGAGAGCAGUGACUGUUCUGAUAAUCAUUGCAAGUAUGUUUUACCACCUUACGCCAUUUUCUUAAUCGUCUUUUUCUCAAUAUCCUGCUUCUUUACAAUCCUAAGAAUCUGUAUAAGAGUCUGUGCUAGAAAGCCACAAGUAAGAGUAGUGUAGAGAAACAGCGCUAAUGGCAGACCAAACUCAUUGCUAUAGUAUCACAACCAAGAUCCAUAACCCACAACUUAAUAAUUGAUCGUCACUUAAACAACUGUGCCAGGGCAGGUUGUACCAGGACAGCAAUAGCUACCAUACUAAUAUGGAAACCCAAUGGGAUAAGAUUACAACCCAUAUGGGCAAAAUGGAUAUUCGGCUCCAGUCUUCAAUAAUUAAAACAAUAUGUACAUACCACCUGGGUAAAAUCUCAACAAUCAACAGCUUCCCUUGGCAUAGCACUAACCUCCUAUUCAAACAUAGAUCUAAGAUAAUAGCUUUUUAUCAGAUGACGUCUCUUAAAAGAACAAGAAGAAAUGA